AUGACUGAAGCUAAACCUCUCACUUCUCCUAUGGCUAUCACUACUAACCUCUCCAAGUUUAGUGGCGACCCUCUGCCUAAUCCUUCUGAGUAUCGAAGCAUUAUUGGCACUCUUCAAUAUGUUACCAUCACGAGGCCCGACAUUUCUUUCUCCGUGAACAAGGUGUGUCAGUUUCUCCACUCCCCAACAAUAGAACACUGGACUGUUGUCAAAUGGAUACUUCGAUACCUUAAGCACAGUGUUAAUCAUGGUUUGCAUUUUCACUCUACACCGGCUCCGCUAACCCUUCAAGCUUUCUCCGAUGCUGAUUGGGCCGGUUGUCUUGAUGACAGACGUUCUACUAGAGGCUAUCUCAAUUAUCUAGGCCGCAAUCUAGUUUCUUGGAGUUCUAAGAAGCAAGCCAGCAUUGCUCACUCCAGCACGAAGUCUGAAUUUCGAGUUUGUGCAAAUGCUGCAACCGAGCUUCUUUGGAUAUGCUCCUUAUUGCUUGAUCUAAAGCAACCUCCUGCACGCAUUCCUAUGGUUUGGUGUGACAACAUUGGUGCCGCAUAUCUUGCUGCAAACUUAGUUUUCCAUGCUCGUACCAAACAUAUUGAAGUUGAUUUCCAUUUCUUGUGUGAUCUUAUUCUCAAGCGCUCUCUCUUUGUUCAGUUUAUUUACUCAGCUGACCAAGUGGCUGAUCUAUUCACCAAACCACUUAGUGGAGCUCGGUUUACUUCUCUUAGAUCCAAGCUUCAUGUCCUUCUUGGACAUUUCACUUGA